AUGGAGUACAUAACUUCACAGCUGUCCGCUGCGUAUGCUUACUUUGGAGUACCUCGUCUUGCCUCGAAUGGACGUCACGUUUUUACCGAUGUUCAGCUAAUUUCUCGGGAUGAGGUGGCGUGCGAAGAGAAGGAGAAGAUGCCUUCACCGUCGGCGGUGUCGGCCGUAGCACCAGCAGGCGCACCGGAGAGCUCUUUGGGCGCUGAGACGGAGAACCAGCUGGAGAAAAAGAAGAAAGAGCGCCCAUCGUCCAGUCCCAUCUCCCUCGUCGGCACGAUUGACUGUACGAAUGAUUUUGAGCCUCAUCAUGAAAAGCUGUAA